AUGCGUCGCGAUGCUCAGCACGAAGGCGCGGACGCCAUGACACCGCGUAGUAAUAACGAGACGUUGUCGGCCAUUCUCGCGCGACAAACCGACAUACUUGACCAUGUGGCAAACAAUGCAAGCACGAUUAACGCAGAUACUAGAGUAAAGUUGCCUACUAUCAAACUACCGAGAUUUGAUGGCAAAAUCGAGAAUUGGAAAGCUUUUUCUGACAGCUUUCGAUCAAUUAUACAUGUCAGACUGCAACUGUCUGAUGUCGAAAAGUUUCAAUAUUUAGUUUCGUCAAUCUCAGGGGACGUCGCUAAAAUUAUUGAGUCAAUCGAGCUAACGGGUCAAAAUUAUUCAAUGGCGAUUAUUCGAUGGGAAUUACUGCUAAGUAGAUAUGAUGAUCCUAGGUCGCUCAAGAAAAAACAUAUCGAAUGUUUGUUCACAAUGCCCGUCGUAGCAAAAGAGACAGCGAAGGCUCUUCGCGAGUUAAUCGAUUAUAUUUCCAGGCACCUACGCAUGUUAAAGAUUCUAGGAUUAUCUAUUCGAUUCAUGGGAUGA